GAAAAGAGUAGCCAGCUGCAAAUACGCAGCCGAGAAUUAGAGGCUCUCGAACUUCCUCGCCCUGCUGCUGCUCGACGUCGAAUCCACCUAUCGCUUCAGCCCAAUCGCGAUUCGCGUGCGAUUUCCACUAGAUUUGGGACGAUUCGCUCCCCGAGGGAUGGGAAUCGGCGGGCGGCUCGUCUGCCCGAUGCUGUUGAUUCGUGAAUAGGUGUGAAAACGACGGAUUGGUGAAGCUGUAGGGAGGAGUUGGGAAUCGAAUUGAGGCGCGGAAUCGUCCUGUGGGGAUGGAGACGGACGACCUGCGGAGGCUGAUGCGCGGCGCCGGCGUGGAUCUGUGGUCCUUGAUCGACGCCGCCAUCUCCGUCGCGGCGGCGGAGCACGGGGAGGAGCUGCGCUCGAGGAGAGAUGGGAUCGUGCAGCGGCUCUACUCCGCCGAUGGGCGGUGCGGGAACUGCGGCUCCUCCGGCGGCCGCAGCGACAGCCCCGUGGCGCUGAAAAGGGAGGAGGCGAGGGGGAGAAGUAGUCCGUGGGAGAAGAGGAUAGGAGCCGGGGAGGGGACGUCCCCCACGCCGUCUCCAGAUUCUAUGAAUAACGCCGUGGAGGUGGACGAGAAGGAGGAGGAGCAAGAGGAAGAUGCUCCUAGGAGUUAUAGUCAUUCGAUCGAGGAAGAAAAGAGGAAAAUCUUGGCCAUCAAACAGUUUUUGGAUGAUACCGAUCAGCCGGAGGAUUCUUUGGUUAGCUUGCUGCAGAAUCUAGCUGACAUGGAUAUCACAUUCAAAACUCUCAAAGAAACGGACAUCGGAAGGCAUGUGAAUAAUCACCGGAAGCAUCCUUCCAAUGAAGUCCGGCAACUGGUGAAGCAACUUGUUAGGAAGUGGAAAGAUCUUGUGGACGAGUGGGCGAAAUCCAAUUCCACAAACGACACUGCUUCGCCAGCAAUUAUCUCCAAUGGAGACUCUCCGCAGCAGAUACAUGGAAGGAACUCUCAAAAUGGCAACCAAAUUCCAGAGUUUGGAAAUUCACCUAAUUCAAAUGCUGUUGGCUACUUGAACACGGAGGGCUACAGCUCAGAACCGAUAGAGACAAAGGCGAAAAAACCAGCCCAAAAUCCAGCAAGAUACAAUGGCAGUUCCACCCGGCCACUAUCCUCUGCUUCUCUAGCCAAGGCGAAGGAACAGAGGGACAACUCCCCGGACGCUGAGAAGCUUGCUUUUGCCAGAAAAAGACUCCAUGAGAACUAUCUUGAAGCACAGAAUGCCAAAAAGCAACGAACGAUUCAGGUGAUGGACAUCCACGAGAUACCAAAGCCCAAGAAUUCCUUCGUCCGAAAAGGCGUCUUCCAUGGGAAGCACUGAGGAGCAUCACUGUUGGUAGCUAACAAUAACUGGAAGAAGGCGAAAUGUCACUCUCUGAAGCCCACCAAGUUCUUGUUCUUGCCAAACCAAAAGGUCAAAAAAGCCAGCAAAGGUUGAUCACCAUUGCUCAACUUGUGUCUCUUCUGCAGUAAUACGUCAGCCUUCUGGUUAUUUAAUCCAAGGGUUUUUGCAAGGGUCCAAACACAGGGGAAGACUUCUUAUCCUUGUCUCCCACUUGGUGAAAGUGGAACUUUACAUCUUAUCUAACUACGACAUCACAUUUAUCUUAUAGUUGCUUUAAUUCCAAACAGGACUAGCUGAUUCAGUUGGACCAGAAAUGAGC